AUGACGAGAAAGAGAAUCAGAUCUACAUUGGUCUGCGUUAAUUGUCGCAAGAAGAAAACAAAAUGUGAUAGGAACUUGCCUUGUUCUAGUUGUGUAAAUGCCGGUAUUGAUUUGACUUGUGCCUAUAGUUCUGCAACCUAUAAAAAACCACAAUUUGAAAAAAAUCUUGACUUAUAUUCUACCGAUUUAGCCCAAAACAGAUAUCAAAAUCAAGUAGGAGAGAAUAAUCACUUAUCAAAAGAGUUAUCUGUUAAUCAGAGGCUUGAAAGUUUGCGGCGUGAAGUUAAAGAACUUGAAGCUUCAAUAGCAGUCGAAACACCAACUAGAACCUUGCCUUUGACUCCCGUUAAUGAUUCAACUUUAAUAACUCAAGAAAACAAUGCAUACAAAAGAAGUAUUAAUCCUAUAGCAUCAGAAGAGGACACUAUUAGCUUUCUUAGUUCAUUCAAGCAACCAUCAAGAGAUAAAUCUAGAAAUAUUUCUUAUCCGUAUCGCCCAUUGCAAUUCAUUUUUUUGCUGAAGAGAGAUUCUGGGGCGAAGCUAUUCUUCAAUUAUCAAAUGUCUUUGAAGAAUUUCUCUUGGAGGAAUUCGAAACAUAACAUUCUUAAGCUCAACACCAUAUCCGAACAAAGCUUAACGAAAACUAAUGAGGUUGUUUCGAUUGAUCAGAAGUCUAGAGAUUUUUACGGAGCCAAUUAUAUAAGUAAAGUUGAUCAUAAUUACACUUACUCUGAAACUAUUGAAGCUAAAAAAGUUAUAUCAAUUUAUGGGAUAAGUCGAGGUUUGACUUUUUGCAAUGUUGAAAUUGGUGAUCUAGAAUUAAUAGAUAAGGUAAAAGUGGUAUUACCGAAACUAGAAAUUAUAUCAAAGUUGUUAGAUGUUUUUUUCUCAACCCUUUAUCCUUUUUUUCCAUUGAUUGAUGAAUAUUCUUUUAGAGAUGAUAUUACUAGGAUAGUUGUCACUGACAUAAAAGGGCCAGAAGAGAAAAUUAAUAUCGUAAUUAACAAAAAAAAGGACCUCGCAAGU